GAAGUUGGCGGCCCACAUGGGCGAGCUAUCUUCGAAGCUGCUGUCGCCUGCGGCUUUCAUCCAUGCCUGCGCGGAGGAGGGCCAUCAGCGGUGGGGAGAGAUUUGGCGAGAAUUGCAGGUCUGGCGGAGGCAGUGCGGGCCUUGUCUGUCGUCAAGGCACUGGGCGGCUGCUCAAGCAGAGCUCUUGUGCAGCUACCUUUCCAUGGCUCGCCUGGAGCUAGGCUUUACUCUGCCGAUCUCCCCUCCCGCAGCCCUUGGUGGGGCCGCGCAGUUCGUAGUUUUGGCGCGGGAGCUUUGCCCGGAGGCCUCUUGGCUCACCCAAGACAUCCAGGCAGAAGCACCAAAGUGGCUGCCGAAGUUGCAGCAGGAGAUGACGUACGAGCUUCUGGAGGCCAAGCAGCUGUCAGAUGCCUUGGCAAAGCUCGCUGUC